GCCUGGGCGACUGCCUGCGUUCCAAGAGUGGCGGAAGUGGUCUGCGUUCCAUGUGUGGCGGAAGCAGCAUGCGGUGAAGGUACACUCGCACACAGUUUUUGAAGGAACUCGGCAGGGAGGUUGUUCCAAACAUCUUGGAGAACUGACCACAGAUCUGCUGUGGAUGUACUGUAGGCUUACUCAAAUCCUUCUGUCUCUUCAUGUUAUCUGCAUAUCUAACUGUGUGUUUGGGUGGCCCCCCGACCUCCUGUACACUGGCUGCAGCGACCGCUGGUGACUGACAUCACAACUGGGCGCCCGCGGAUAGGCGGCAUAGUGAGCGGAUACGGCGGUCUGCAGACAGGUCAGGUCGGAUUUAUUUGGUUCUAGCCAAAUACCGCUCCCAAGAUGGCAGGAAGAGGCAGAGGUCUUGGGCGGGGUCAGAUGACAUUUAACAUUCAGGCUGUGGGCAUAGGACGGGGUGAAACCUUACCUCCACCCACCCUUCAGCCUCCCCCUUUGUUCCCCGCCUUGGACUUUAAGCCCGUACCUCUGCAGACAGGCGAGGAGGUGGAAUAUAUGCUGGCAUUGAAACAAGAAUUACGAGGGUCAAUGAAGAGCCUCCCUUACUACAUAAAACCCGCGGAUCCCAAGAAAGAUGUGGAACGUUACUCUGAUAAAUAUCAGACGUCUGGACCUGUUGACAAUGCUAUUGAUUGGCACCCCGAUUGGAAAUUGCUGCCCCGUGAGCUAAAGAUCAAAGUGAGGAAGAUACAGAAAGAAAAGUCUACCGUUGUCCUUCCCAAACACAAGCAGAGGGUCCCGUUGGAUAAAGAAGAGAUUAUUAAAAAACUUGAGAAUCUGGAGAAGAAAGAGAAGGAGGACAGCUCUGAGGAUGAAAAGGAGAACAAGGAGGAGGAAGAAGAGAAGGAGGAAGAGGAAGACUACGAUGAGGAGGAACAUGAAGAGGAGACGGACUACAUUAUGUCCUAUUUUGAUAAUGGGGAAGAGUUUGGUGGAGACAGUGAUGAAAAUAUGGAUGAAGCCACCUACUGAUCUCUCUGCAGAAGACUGCUGCUCGUCCGGCUUACAGAAGAACCUCUGCCACCCCCCUCUUCUUUACAAUGGACCUCAGUCUUGCGCCUCUCUGUGGUGAACAGUAGACAUUGCAACAGCACUGCAACAAUUUUAACAGAUUUUACAGUGAUUAUUUUAACAACAUAUAUUUUAAACCUCCACGGUUGUUUUACAGGCCCAUUGGGAUCUGAUCGCUUAGGCUUCAUUUAUUGCUACACUUCACUGUCUGGUCCCGCAGUGUCUCAUUCAAACACUAGAGGGCGGUAGAUGGAUCUUGGAAAACGUUUAAUAUUUUACAUCUUUACUGGACUAAAUAACUGGGGGACUGUAUAUAGACUGCUCAUUAUUUUCUACCUGAAGACAUUUUAUAGUUUUUUAAGAUGUGAAUGGUUGGGUUUUAUUCACAGUCACGGCCAGCAGGAGGCGCCAGUGUGUAACGUGAGUUGGUUGAGCAGAUAAACAGAUCUCAUGUAGCUACUGAUAGGUCAUUGGGACAUCGGCCUCUUCUGUGAAGCUUUGUGGCACGUUUUUAAGGCAGUGUACAGCUCAGGAAAUGCUACACUGUGUGUUUUAUCCGAAUGUGCUUUAAUGUGAGUCAGAAUAGUUUUCAAAGUCACAAGCCAGCGUACCGACCUCAGUUGAUACCGUAGCAGGGCUCAGAGACACCCUAGAGAUUCUGAUUGGCCUAUAAGGGUCUUGGUGAUCUAUACCCCUGUAGGCGGAGCAUACGCCAUAACGCAAAUACAGGCGAUGCAGAGACCUCACAGUUUAUGGUGACCACAGAUUCAGUUGUUCAGCGUACAGACAGAUGUUCCCUUGGACUGUCGCCUUGUCUCGUGAGGUUGUCCGAGCAGGUGGCAAAAUAUUCUAUAGGGACAGAUUGUGUUCUGGAAAACCACUUUCAUUCAAUUAAAAUGGUGUUUUUUUUUAAGA